AUGUCGGCAGUGUUGCUUUCUGCUGCUGCAAUUUCGUGGUUUUCAAAUCCCGGUCCUUUGGCAUUGGAUACCCAAACACAAGGAGUCACAGUCGAGGAGUUACAGAAGCAUACUUCUCCAGAUAGCGUUUGGGUAGCCAUCAAUGGUAAAGUCUAUGACUUGACAGAGUUCUUGACAAGGCACCCGGGAGGAGCUGGUAUCAUUUUGAAAUACGCUGGCAAAAAUGCCUCUGUCAUCUUCAACAAAUUCCAUGCCCCAAAUUUCGUGGACAAGUACUUGACUCCCGAAGAAUGUUUGGGUCCUUUGAUUGGAGAGUUAGAGCCCGCUCAAGACAUCACAGAGGUUGGUGAUAGCGAGUUGAGACAAGAGUACAUUGACAACAUGCCGCCCCUUUCAGAAGUUUUUCGUGUCAGCGACUUCGAGUAUAUUGCUAAAAAAAUCCUUCCACCCUCUGCAUGGUACUACUACUCAAGUGCCGCUGAUGAUGAAGUUUCCCUCAGAGAGAACCACAAUGCCUUUUCUAGAAUAUUUUUCAAUCCACGCGUGCUCGUGGAUGUGAGCAACGUUGAUAUGUCCACCACUUUGAUGGGUCUGCCGGCCUCGGUGCCUUUUUAUUCUUCCGCCACUGCACAAGGAAAGUUGGGGCACCCUGAUGGAGAAUGCUCGAUUGCAAGGGGGUGUGGAAAAGAAGGUGUCAUCCAGAUGAUCUCUAACUAUUCAUCUUAUCCUUUGGCAGACAUUGUUGGCGCUGCGCAAAAGGGUCAACCCCAGUGGUUUCAGUUAUAUCAUGAAGGUGAGUCCAAUUCAAAACAAUUAGUUUCAGAGUGUGAGGAGCUCGGCCUCAAAGCAAUUUUUGUCACUGUUGACACUCCCGAGCUUGGUCGCAGAGAAAAGGACAUGAAACUUCGUGCACAGAUUGAGGCCAAUUCCGAUCUGCUGGAAGACUCCUCGGGCGCCCAAGAGUUGCAGUCUGCCGUUAGUUACGGGAAAGACACCUCUGUAACUUGGAAAGACGUCGAAAAUAUUGCUUCGUGGACUAAAAUUCCAGUGGCUGUCAAGGGAGUACAGAGUGUUGAAGAUGUUGUCUUGGCUGCUGAGAAAGGAGUGAAGGCGGUAGUGAUUUCUAACCACGGUGGCCGUCAGUUGGACUAUGCCCGUGCCCCGGUCGAGGUAUUGGCAGAUGCAAUGCCCGUUCUCAAAGAGAAAGGGUUGGACAGAAAGAUAGACAUUUUCGUAGAUGGAGGAGUCAGACGCGGGUCUGACAUCAUCAAAUGUUUGGCAUUGGGUGCCAAGGGUGUUGGUUUGGGCAGAGUGUUCCUUUACGCUAACUCGUGCUACGGAGAGGAAGGUGUUAGAAAAGCCAUAGAGUUGUUGAAGUCCGAAAUGAUAUUGGACAUGAAACUUCUAGGGGUUACCAAGAUCUCAGACCUCGGCCCUCAACAUUUGGACUUGAGAGGUCUCCACGCAAGGCUACCACCCAACGACAAUCUAUACUACGAAAAUUAUGAGCCAUUAUCACCACCUACUUUUCAACAUGAGCGUUUGGAGAGGCGUUGA